AUGCCAAAAGUAAAUAAUGCAAAUGCUUAUUUCUCAGAAAGGGAUAUAGCCCAGCGUCUAAGGCAGUUUGCCGGAGGCCAAGACAAGUUCCUUCCCAGAACUUGGCGUGGUGUUUCGGUUCAACAAAUUGGCAAUGUCUUAAAGAAGGCAUAUAAGAAUCUUAUGACUGCUGAUAGACUCAGUAAAGCCACACAUAUACAACAUGCCAAGCUUCUCGAGGAUGUGAACAUUGGGCUUGUAACCAAGCCCACAGUUCUUGUAUCUUCCGAUUACAAACCCCUAAUUGUAUAUCUUCCACAUGUAGUGGCAAAGCACAUUGAGCGUAAUGCCACAGAGGCUACUUUUGGAAUUGAAGACAUUCUUGCCAAAGGCGUCAAGAAAUCGGGCAAGAAGAAUUGGCGGAAUGAACAGGCUAGAUUCAAACCUUAUCAAAGGCUUCCAGUGGGACAAGAAGCCUUUUCAGGAGGCUGGUUUGCGCAAGGCCAUGCAAGUGGAAAAACCCCUCCAAGGCCUUCAGUUAGCUUGCGAAGUGCAUCUAAUGAGAAGGCCACAGAGCAAUGGCUGAAAGAUACAACUACUCUCAAUCUCACCAUGAACCUGAUCAUGGGUGCUGUUCAUCCAGAUUCAUACAAUGCUGGAGCUCAGGCUUUGCGAAAUUUGCGCCAGGAGAUGAAGCCAGAAGAUGCAAAGUGGGCUUGUUUGUGGGCCUCUGUGGCUACAGCAGUAGCCAUUGUUUCCAACGGUACAAGUCCCCCUCAUUUUGACUCAAAAGGCGAUGUCAAGCAGUUCGAUGCUUUGACAAAUCUGGGCUCUGACUAUGUACGACUUGGAUUUCCAGAUCUUGGCGGAAGUUUCCAUUAUCAUGGAGGAUCAGUGGUUCUAUUCUCAGGGAAGCUGUUCAAACAUGAGGUCAAGGAUUGGGUGGUUGGUGAGCGGGUGGGGUAUGCUUAUUUUAUGAGAGCUGAAGUUCAAAAGCAAUUCAGAAAGAGGCCAGUGGACUGGGCAAGAAUUCCAAAGUCAGUACCUUUGCCUAGCAAGUCUAAAACUUAG